AUGGAAACCAAUAAGCAAUGCCAACUUUGCAAGCAAAAUGCUGAACUUAUAUGUUUUUGUACUCAAAUUUUAUUAUGCUCAAAUUGCAUUGGUACGCAUUUAAUUAAAGACACUAGCAUUAUCCAUAACCCUAUUUCUCUGAAAGACACGAGAACAGCUUCAUUAAUGUCCAGUUCAUGAUUUGAGUUAAAAGAAAAGGAAAGCCAGAUUAUAACAAAAGCAAAAAUCAGGGAUGAAUUAAAUUCUGCUUGUAGGCUUAAACUUCAUGAAGAACUUACAGAACUUGAAAAUUUUAAAAAAGAGUCUUUUUUCGCAAUUGACCAAUAUAUUGAUAAACUUCAGAAAGAAUUAUCAGAACUUGGGGAAUUUUUAAAGGAAAAAGUCAAUAAAGAAUGCGAAAAUAAAGAAAAAAUCAUUAAUGAAGCUAUUGACUGCUUUGCAUCAGGAAACACUCAAAAUAAUUAUAUAUAUAUGUUUACUAAGAAUAGCCCACUAAAGAUCAUUUUUGGUUAUCCAUUUUUUUAAUUUGGGUAGCAAUUAAAUCUAUUGCCAACUAAUUUGGUAAGUCAGCUGAUGUCUCGCUAACCAAAAAAUGCUCCUUAGUGGGCUAUUUAUAAUAAAAUAGCAUAUCAAAUAUGCUAGCAGGCUUGAAAACUAAAGGAGAAAUAGAUACACUCAAAUUGAUCACAAAAAAAAUUGGGAUUCAUGACUUUGAAAUUAGAGACGCCAUUAUGAAUAAAUUUGAUUUGCAAGUUUGGCUUAUAAACAGUAAAAAUAAUGAAAGAACAAUUAAUACCCCUUAUAGCGGAAACUCAUUAGAAAUUCCUACAUUUAAGACUAGCCACAAUAUUAGCCAAACUCCUAAAGCAUCAGAAGCAUCCAAAAUCUCAAAACCAAGACAUGUUUCCAGGCCAAGUCUUCCUGAUCCAGAAAUUAUAAACAUUCUUGAAAAUUCCCCUGAAAUUUUGCUCAAUAUGGAAACUCCAGAGUCUUCUCCAAUAAGCCAAGCUACACCAAUCUGAGAUGAAUAUCUCACAGACACUAACCCUUUUAGUCCAGACACAUCAGUAAUUGAAAGAACAGUAAAAUCGCCUAUGGCACGCUCAGCUACCAAAAAAUCAUUUGCUUUUAGUAAAUCUAAUCGACCUGUCCAAAAGUCAAAUUCAGGAAGCAAGCUAAGCAAAUUAACAUUAGAAAUUAAAAAAAAUCCUCCAAAAAAUCCAAAUGCUUUAUAUUGCUUUUUUCCGAACCAACUUAUACUUUUAUUUGUUAUUUAAAUCUUGAUUAAUGUAAAAUAUUUAUUAUAAAAAAUAAUAAGAGUUAAAUAAAUUAUUUUUUAUUUGCUGUAAAUUGUAUAUAAUUUAUCAUAUAGAUUCAGGAAAUGUUGAACAAAUGUCAUUGCAUAAUAAAGACCUUGGGAUUAAAGGAAACGCGUGGACUUUUUCUCCUGAUGGCUAUAUAUUCUUCGCUAUGCAGAUGGGUUUUGCCCCGCUAAAAAGGCUUUUCCUGCUGAAGCACCUGACUGCGGGUGCCCUUCAGAGAUUCAAUGUAAAGCUACUAAAAAGAAUCAGUGAAGGCUAAAAUAAACAAGUGGCAAGCAAUCUCAAACCGAUGCAAUCUAACAAUACGGGCUCUCCGCAUGUCACCGAUGCAACUGGAGAGGAGACCCUGGAACUUGGAGGAUGUGAACCGUGCAGCAAGUCCGUAAGCAGCUAAGACGUUACCUAGUGACGUCCUCGGGUAAGCUCGAUCUUUCUGAUCGGUAUACCGACCAGAAUUCUGAUCAUAAGUUAAGUAUAUAGCGAUAAAGAUGGCUAUAUAUUUGCUACUGGAGGCUUAUCUUUAUCUGCAAAACGCUACCUUUGAAUAUUUAAUACUAAUAACUAUCAGCUUGACCCUGGCCCACCUAUGAAAAUUCCUAGGUAUAACCAUGCUUCCUUAAUUUCUGGGAAUUAUUUAUAUAGCUCCUGAAAUAUUUUUAGAUCAUUAUUGACCAUCAUUUUAAUAUAAUUAAAAUAUGGCGUCCCCACCUAGCAUGGCCUCCGGCCACGCAGCUUCCGAACACAUAUUCCAACUAUAUCCGGCAAGGUUUUACCAAUCUAGAAAUGGACAGCAAUGCUAGGUAAGCAAUUCUGAUAAUGUACAGAGCCUAGCCCUCAGUCCGAUUUCAAGAUUGGGUUUUACCUCGAGGGAAAGGAGAGUUUAGGUUUGGAAAGGGCAAGCCCAGCUAAGUCUGCAGGUAAUACCCAGACCAAUCGGGCAACUGCCUAACAUGACACGGGGUUACAUCCCGGGAUCUAGACUUUUCCUUUUUGCAGAGAGGUCGAGCAGAAAUUCCAUUUUUUGGAAUUUUUGGAUGGCCAACCUCGUUCACCCAUGCAGCAGCAGAAGUCCAUAGUCCGUCCACUUAAUACUGGACCUGAAAAGGGGAGGAGGAGACGUACGAAGCUGAACCCCACACUUCAGAAGUGCCAUGGCAUCAGGCGCUGAAGGAGAAGAAAGGCAGUGUCAGAGCCGAUCAUUUGCCUGGCUAACCAUGUUCCAAUUCAAUCAAGGCGAAGCUGAAGACGGCGCAAAGCGGAUGAACCUCCCGUAUGGGAAGGUCCUUGGCGACUACGUAACCAAUAAGGCAGACGCCACCCUGUAAUAAUGAUAAUGAUGACCAUCAUUUUAAUUUUCAAAAUUAUUUUGUGCUUGUCAGUUUUUUUGCAAAGCUCAAACAAAAAUGACAAAUCUCUGUUUAUGGCUUUAAGAUGCCUACUUACAUUAGACUGUAUAAGGUAGGUGCCCUAGACCAUAUUUUUCUAGUUGAUAUUCUGCUGGGGUACAGCGAUCCAUUAUGGUGCAUAAAUUAUAUGUAAUCGGAGGAUGCAAUUUCGCCUCAAUAAAAGACUGUGAAAGGUUCAAUCUUAUCUCUAAAAAAUGGCAACAAAUAGGAAAUUUAAAUGUAGCUAGAGAAAAUCUGGCAGCUUGUGUCCACAAAGGUCGGAUUUUUGUAGCUGGAGGAAUCAAAGAAAACUCAAUAGAAAGUUACAACGCUGUUAAUAAUAAAUUUUCUCUGUUAAGGAUUCAAAUGCCAAUUGGAGGAAGUAGCUUGAUGUUUUCUUAUAAAGAUCAAAUUUUAAUUUUCCAUUGUAAGCAAAUCAGCACUUUUGAUACUAUAAGCUGCUCAGAUUAUCAGAGUUUAGAAGAAGAGGAAUGGUGGUCACCUACUGAUGUAGUAGAAAAAAAUGGAUCUUUUUAUUUUAUCAGCAGAGGAACUGUAUACAAAUACGACCCAAAUGAAUUCCAGUUGUCGUCAUUGAUGCAUUUCUAA